ACCGUGUCUUGACCGCGAUUGGCGGCAUCUUCUUAGAAGAAGUAAUGGCGGCAGGACGAGGCCAGUUUAUUAGUAGUUUUUUGGAGGGUUUAAAGAGGGCACCCGCACAGCCGGCUCCAGGUAGACCAGAGCCGGGUCGUGAUAGAAGGAAACCGGGUCCGGGUAAAGGGCAGAAGCGCGGCAAGAGGAGAAAGAGGCCGCCAAAGGCAGCACCCUGCUCGGUUAGCAAGACUGAUCCCAGAUGCCCAGGAAAACAGAGAACAUAUUUCCCCAAAAUGAAAACUUCUCCAACUGAGGAGGAAGCCCUGUUGGAAAGACUGCCGUCUGACAUCCUGUUUAAGAUCCUGUCAUACCUGGACGCCUCCUCGCUGUUCUGCAUCAGCCACGUCAGUAAGCUCUUCCACCAGCUGGCCAACAAUGAUCAUGUGACGGAUAUUGAAAUUCCCAUCCUGCAUCUGGAUAUUUAUUAUACCUGCUGGACAACAAUGGGACUUGUUUACACCGCAAGUAGAACCCCUCUGCAGCCAGUGUCUGCCUUCUUUCACUGUAGUGUCAUGUGGCAUAAGCUUUACCUGGCAGAGUUUGAGAGUCAAACGUGGAAGCCGAAGUCAGCGGAUGAUGUGGCGCCGAAGGUUGACCCGGUGCAGGUGGAGAUUCGGUCGGCGGGCCACUGGAGGAAUAUGUAUUUCAGGAGCAUGGCUGGACAGGAACUGAACAAGUGGAGGAAAGAGCUGAAGGACAUCAGCCCGUACACUGGGCUGCCCAGGCAGACUGAGUGGGUCCUCAGGAAUCUGAACGUGAGCUGGGAGCUGACGGUGCGUGAUUGUUGGGGAAAGGAGAUCACGCUGGCGCAGAGCCGAGCGUAUUUCUUCGAGUCAUCUGUGAUCGUCCGCUUUAGUGGCGUCGGCUUGCUCAAGUACCAUCACAUCAGCAAAAUCCAGCUGCAUGGAGUCCAGAAGGAUGCGCUGAAGGGCCCAAGAGGCAGGAAGCCUGGCUGGCGCUCUCUGAUUUCACAGCUGGACGUGAAGACUCAGCCCAGUCGGUUGAUUGGCAACGACGUCCUGAUCAAACUGAUGUAUCUGUUUCCCAGCUUCAUCAUAGGCAUCUGGAGGGGUCAGAACGGUGUUGCCUUCAUCAUGGUCAGCCUGCACUUCCACAAGUUGGUGGAGAAGUGUCUGCUGGGAUCUCCGUUGUGCCCGUACUUGGAGCCUGUGGAGCCUCCACUCGUGGAUAUCUCGGACCCUGAGUUUGGUCUGCACGGCUACUCUCUGUACUUUGUCCUGCACAACACCGGCAGUGAGAUCAUGUCGGGACACUUCCGCCAGCUCUCCUGUCACACAUUUCAGAUCCAGCAUGGACUGAUGGAGCUGAGGGUCAUCAGCCGGACCGACGUGUCCCAGCACAGAUCGCUGUCUGGUAACAUCAAGCUGCCCUGGAAGAGCGAGACACUGGAGGGCUCGGUGGAGGUACAUCUGGCCAACACAAUAAAGGCAUUUCAGAACCUGCCGCAGAACACACACCUAGCCGGUCAUGCACUCAGUGGCUGCAUCAUCCUCGCCGUCUCCAUCUACCUGAGAGCCGGCUAUAAUAUAAGCUUGAUCGCCAAUGAUACUCUUCCUGGCGUCAACCUGAUGAUCGCCAUCGGAGCGAUCAUCAUGGUGCUCGGCUUCCUGGGCUGCUGCGGAGCCAUCAGAGAGAACCGCUGCAUGCUGCUGUUGUUCUACAUCAACAUCCUCAUCAUCUUCCUCCUCCUGCUGGCGGCGGGCCUGCUGGGAGCCAUAAUAUCGUCGAAGUUAGAUGACUGGGUGAAGAACAGCAUGCAGAACUUGCUCCCACUUUCAAGUCAACCAGCUAAUGUGACAGCAGACCUGAAUAGCUUGCAGCAGGAGCUGCAGUGUUGUGGUGUUGUGAAUGGAUCAUCAGACUGGAAUAACCAGGUUCCCAGCUCCUGCAACUGCAAUGGCACACAACCAGCAUGUUCAAACGGCGUCUACAGCACGCCCUGCUCCACCCAAAUCGUCAAUGUGCUGCAGAAAACCAUGCAGGUGUUGCUGGGAAUUGCCUUCGCCAUCGCCGUCUUUAUGAUUUUCGGCAUGGUCUUCUCAAUGAUUCUCUACUGUCAGAUUGGCAGGUAGGAGACUGCCUUCACCACUGCCUGAACACCCACACAUGGCCACGCCCCCUCGCUGACUGGCUACAGCCAAUCAGCAGUGCCUAAAUGACCUGUGUAACAUGCAUCAUUAAACCUAAGUGCUACUGUAA